AUGUCGCUCACGCUAACGGGUGUUAUCCGCAUUAUGCUUCUAGACCACGCGGACACCUCCGGCGGCGGCCGUAAGGCGUCGAUCGCACGUGUCAAUUUCUUAGCGGGACGGCCCAGCUUUCACAACCCGCAGGAAGCCGUACCUGAUCCUCGACUUGAUCGCUUCCUCCUAUUACCUUCCUUCUUCUCUAAGCAACUCAACGCGCUUCGCUCGUUGUCAAGCCCAGCGUUCACAAUGCCAACUAUCCGUCUUGCGCCGCGGCGCCCGAAGCGCAAGGCACGCAACACCUCCCGGACAGUCAGCGACAAGUCCAAGGAGUGCUUGGUUUUCGCCAUUCUCCCUCAAGAGCUGAUCGAUCACGUCAUGAGCUUCCUACCUCCCGCAAACCUCAAGAUCACGGUUAUCGCAACAGAGCAGGACGACCAGAACCAAGCCAGCAGCAGCGAAACUCUCGCAGUCAACGGAAACACCUGGAAAAAGCUCCUCGCGACAAAACGCGUGUCCAAACGCUUCAACAAGUCCAUCACCAACGCCAUCCGCCUCGCGCAGAGAAACCACCGCACCAUCCUCAUCAUGGAGCUCCACACAUCUCACCCGAGCGAGGUGGAGUUCAACGGCACUCCACAGCUCGGAAAGUCCUCCGUGCCGGAUGACUUCAUCGCCCAGUUCUUCUGGCUGCACCUCCGCCUUCCAUUCAUGUUCGACUCCCUUGUCCCGGUCUCGGAUGGCCUGGUCGCGUUGGUAUGCCAUAUCAACAUGGCCAUCAGCGUCGAUGUACUCCCCAAUAUCGCGCCGCGGCUUGCUCAUCUUGAGCGCCCGAAGCCGGUAUUCAAUGUCACCUAUGCCUCGGAGAGAUCGAUGGGACCGGCUUUUUGGAUUCAUAGUCUGGCUGGUCUGAGGUACGAGCUGAAGGGUCUUGAGUUGGUGGAACAGAAGGAGAAGAUUAGGGGGAUUGUCCGCGACUUUGACGGGAAGCCGGCGUCUUUGAUGGCGAUGAAGGAACUGCGUGGAGAGAUUGAGGAGGUAUUGAUGGACCUGCCACGACGAGGAAAUGUCGACCUCAACUUGAGUGUGUUCGGUCUGUGA